UUCGCACACAAAGAGGAGGAAUUUUCAAGCAAAUAACCAUGGCCGAAGUAGUGGACACUGUGCUGAGGCCUGUAAUUCCCGUACUGGAGUUAGUGAGAGAUCUGUUGAACUCGCUGUGUGCUGGCAAAGAGCCAUGGCAGGUGAUGAUCUAUACAUGUGCCUCCACACUGGUGGCUGUAGCAGCCUACAACUUCAUCUUCCAAGAAGAACCUAUCACAGUUCGUGCCAAAAGGACGUUUUUCAAGAUCAUGCGUAUGAUCCCACAAGUAAAGAGAAAGAUUGAUGAACAGUUGUCAUCAACAUUGAUUUACAUUCGGAAGGAAAAAAAUACACAUCUCGGAGGUCAAGAUUAUGUUCAGUAUCUGCCAAAACAAGGCCUGGCCAAGGAUGAACUUAUGAUAGAAUUAAAUAAGUACAAGGCAUUAGAUCGAGGCAACUGGCAGGAUGGUUGGGUGUCUGGGAUGGUCUAUAACGGACAGAUGGAUCUCACAGAUAUUAUGUCGACAACAUAUGGUAUGUUUGCAUGGAGUAAUCCUCUACACCCUGAAGUGUUUCCCAACGUUGUCAAGAUGGAGGCCGAGAUUGUCCGCAUGACCUGCAACAUGUUUAAUGGUGGACCGAAAGCUGUCGGCACGAUGAGUACUGGAGGUACCGAGAGUAUACUGUUGGUCUGUAUGGCAUACAGAAACAUGAUCCAAGAAAAACGAGGAGUCAAAUUUCCGGAAAUAAUAGUCCCAAUUACAGCUCAUGCAGCUUUUGACAAGGCAGCACACAUCUUGCGAAUGAAAAUCACACACAUUCCAGUGGAUCCCAUCACAUGUAAGGUGGACAUGAAAGCCAUGAGGCGGGCUAUCGGCAGAAAGACUUGCAUGCUUGUUGGCUCUGCACCUGGAUUUCCUCACGGAGUGAUUGACCCAAUUCAGGAAAUCGCAGAGCUUGGUAUGAACAACAACAUUCCAGUGCAUGUUGAUGCCUGUCUUGGUGGUUUUCUCAUUGCGUUCAUGGGCAAGGCUGGAUACCCCAUCGAACCGUUCGACUUCCAAGUUCCUGGGGUGACCAGUAUAUCAGCAGAUACACACAAGUAUGGUUAUGCUCCAAAAGGUUCGUCUGUGAUAAUGUACAGUGAUGCUAAGUUCAGACACUAUCAGUUCUUCCAACAAGUGAACUGGCCGGGAGGAGUGUAUGCUACCCCAACACUAGGAGGUAGUCGUGCAGGAGCCAUUAUAGCAGCCUGUUGGUCGGCCAUGAUGUUUAUGGGUGAGAGCGGAUAUGUCGAUGCGACUCGCAAAAUCAUCACAACAGCAAGAUACAUCAUUGAAGAAUUAAGAAAGAAUGACCACAUUACUGUGAUGGGUGACCCCCAGGUUUCUGUGGUAGCGAUAAAGUCGGAUCGUUUUGAUGUGUACCGCCUGGUCGACAAACUGCACACCCGAGGCUAUACUCUCAACCCACUGCAGUUUCCAGCAAGUAUUCACUUGUGUGUGACACUAGUUCACACCAAGAAAGGCGUGGCUGACAGAUUCGUUAAAGAUAUACGAGAACUGACGACAGAAAUCAUGAAGAAUCCAGACCUCAAAGCAGUUGGACAGGCUGCAGUGUACGGCUUGGCUCAGAGUGUUCCUGAUCGGUCCCUGGUCAAGGAGCUGGCUUCCAUGUAUCUCGACUCCUGUUACAGCACUGACAAUUCCAGCCCUGCUGCUAAUGGAGUAGCUUGAUGAAGGCAGUUACUAUGGUAACAGUGAUAUACCUCCAACACCGUCGCCAGUGUAAAAUUGAGUGUAGAACCGUCUUUAUGAUGAGGACAGGAAUGAAUGUUCAUCUGUGGACUAAACAGAACCAUGAUUUUGAAAUGACUGGAAUCAGUUGAUAAGCUGUUGUCAGAUGGGUUUUUUUUUGUCUUUUUUUGUCUUUUUUCUUUUUAAUAGGUCAGGAGUUAAUGUAAUUGAAACUGAACAGAGCGGUAAUCUUGAGUUUGAACUGAAUGGACUUUUUUGUUGUUGGUUUAAGGUAUUUUGAAAACGGAGGUCAGAGUUUAAUAUAAUUUCAACUUUGAACAGAAUAAUGACCUGACUGGAUUAUAAUAUGUUGGGUGUUUGUUUUUUUGUUUUGUUUAGUUUUUUUGCAGAGGUUAUAUGUUGUACAGUUGACUGGAACAAAGUUAACAACUGAGGGCAGUCCGUAAAUUCAUAGAAUAAAACACAGAAUGUUAAUAAUUAAUGACCUCGAGGUAUAUAUUUGCAUAACAUGUGAAAUGUUACGAUGUUGAAAACUUUGUGUUUGUUAUGUAACAAUUUUGAGAUUUGCUUGAAUCUGUAACAUGAAAACGAAUUGAGUGAAACAUUACCAAUCAUGUAAUGAAAUAAAACAAAUUGACUCAUUUGCAAAUGACUAAUUUUCUAUUUCUGUUAUGUACGACAUAUUUAAGGCAUGGACUAUGUGAUUGGAUAUAAAUAUGUUCAUGACCAAAUUGGAGGAAACUGAAAGCAAAAAAUCUUGUAUGCCGAGUUUGUAAAUUAUGUAACAGAAUUGUUAAACUUGCUUUCUUAAUCAUCGAAUAAAAGAAAAAAAUGUACUGAAAUUUAUUCUAACUGUAUUUUUAUGAAAUUUAACAUUGAUUUUCAAAUUUUAUGUGGGCAUUGAAAAUCAUGUGAUCAGGACAUACAAGUUUAUAAACGAAAAUCAGUGUUCAAGCAUUACGUCAAAUAUGUUGCUAAAUUUAGUUACUAUGCAAUGUAAAUCAGUCUAUAUGGUCAUAUAAAUAAUUCCACUCUUCCACGAUAUGGGGACAUUUACCACUGACCGAGCCAGAGGGAGGCCACAGGGGUUCUGUGACACACACACACACCCUGCCAGUUUGAAAAGGUUUUUUUGUUGUAAAAUCUUAUUUUGUUUAAAUUCAUCAUUCACAAUAUACAACACUAAAUUGUUCUGAAAAUGCAUCUAUGAGCAUCUUACUUCAACAUUUUUCAUGGAACAUGCCCCCAAACCCUUCUCAACCCUUUUAUACAGAUUUCCAUUCCUUUGGGAGCCCGGCUCAUUUGCCUUCAACAAACUCAAGUUUCCCUUUUUUAAAAAUAUGUGACCCCCCACUAAACAAAAUCCUGGAUCGGCCCCCGUUUACCCAUCAAGUUUUAUAAAAUGUUUACACUUAUUAUGUAUAGCUUCUACAAGAGGUGUGAAGGAGGUAGGUUGUAUGUUUUGUAUGAUCGUAAGAAAGCUGCAUCAUUUUAUUCAGUGAACAAACAAAUGUGCAAUAAAGAAAAUACUCAUGUGUGCAUCUGCAUUUAAUGUGAAAUAUUUUUCCGUUCUCUCAUACCUCAUAAUCGUAUCAGGACUUUGUUUUACAAAUUACUUUUUUUUUUUUGUUGGAUGGGAGUUGUGUUAGUAAUUGACACAGAUAUUCAAGUAGUGGUCUUAUUUCCAGUAUUAUCUUUCAAGUACUGCAAGUGCUACUACAUAAUAAUGUUUUUUUUUUAGUUUCUUGAUCCUUUUAACAGGAGCAAGAUUUAUCUGGUCUACAACAUUUUAAAAUGAUCCAUCUAUAUAAUGGGUUAUAGAUUUGCAAAAAGAUUACUAUUAAGCAGUUAGUCUAGUACAUGACUGAUAUAAUGUUAUGGUACACACAUUAUUUAUACCAUAAACACAUCUUGAUUGUUUUGUAGUAAAAUACACUUUUUUUAAUAUCCAAUUUUAUCAUGUUACGUCACAAUUUCACUCAUAUUUUUGGGUGCUUGUUCACAUAAUUUUCAAGUGCAUAUAAUAUUUUGUUGAAUAUUUUUAAAUAGGCAUUGCCAUUAAAUGUGAUUUAGUUAGGGGGUUUUACUAUUAUUUUUUGCAAUGUUUAUUAACUAGUACUUUGCAGGUGUUAUCCAGGAUAACAGAAUGUAGUUGAUGAAAAAAGGUAAGCAAGUCUAGAAAACUGUCCAUGGUUAAAACUAGCUUCUAAACUACAAGUACUAAAAUUUGUCUGGAGGAACUCUGGCAGUAUGACAUAAAACAAUAAAUGUGUCAAAGGUCAAUGUGUGCCUUUAUCUAUGCAUUCCUAUACUAAUAUAUAUAUAUUAACUUAUUUGCACGGACAUUUUUAAUUGGUUUUAAUAGUGUCGUUAACAACAUUCUCAAGUAGUUGUAGUAAGAAACAUUGUAGAUAUGUUUGAUUGUGUACAGAAUGUAUUUUUCUAUUAUAAAAUUCAUUUCCUUUUAUAUAUUUUUAAUAAGAGUGAAAUUUCACAAUAAAUGUCACCAUUUUGUUAGGAGUUUCCACUGUUUAGUUUUAGUUAAUACAUAGUUUUAAUAUAUCACAUAACUUUCUGAGAUAUUUAUGUAUGUCCAUAUUUUGCAUUGUAGAAACCAGGAUUUCAUAUUGGGGUGGGGGUUAUGGGGUGUCACAAAUAUAAAGGGUGGGGGUGGUAAUGGGGAAUGCAUGGCUACACCAGCAGUAUUUUCCCCAUUACACAAGAUGUAUAAUAUUAUACAUGUACAUAACAUUAAAGAGAAGAUUUCUGGAUAAAUCCAUUGUUUGCUUAGUGUAUAUACAGCGUCACAUUACAAUAUGGUUAUGCAUUUGGUCUUUAUAAUGUAAUUAUUUGAUUUGAUAUUCCAUCAUGUAUGUAAUAUGAUUGUGAAGAAAGGUUUCCAUGCUGACAUUAUUGAUAUUUUAUAUUGUCAUUAGAACAAUAUAAAACAAGAUUAGUAAAUGUUACCAUUUUGGUCAUGGUUUUGGUUGUCAGAUUAGUACAAAGACAUAACUUCAGUUGUACAGGCAUGAUGCCAUGAUGUUAAAACAUAUAUCUUUGUUGACAGAAUACAAUGCAUUUUGGUUAAUUAUUUAUUUGUGUGGAUUUGUCCCAUCUUUCAAUUACAUACAGUAUUAUUUGUAUUCCUGUCUGUCUGUCUGUUUUGAUGCAUUCAUGUAACAGAUAACUGUAUUGUAUGCUAUCCUUUUUUUCUUUCUUAAUUUCAAUAAAGUAAAUUUAAAUUUGUUCUAAUUUAAUGCAUUUAGUUUAGUAUGUUUAUCAAAGUGUGUGUGUAUGUUUGUGUGUGUGAGUGAGUAAUACAGUGUAUUUUUUUUUCCUUUCAACUUAUUUUCAUGCUUAUAUCCAAUUAAGGUUCCAGCACACUGGCCUGGGCACACACUUCAGCUAUCUGGACUGUCGGGUUAGUUGUUAGUGAGAAAAUGGUGGGAGCCGGUACCAGGCUGCAAACCCAGUACCUACCAGCCUUAUGUCCGAUGGCUUAAUGAUGACACCACAGAGGCCAGUGAUACAGUGGGUAUUAGCUGCACACAGUCCAAGUUGUAUAAAUUGAAAAAAUUAAAUUUAUUCCAAAAUCAGCAUUUGUUUUGUCACAAAAUAACCAAUGAACAAACAGGUUUGGGCCAUUAACUAGGCCUGUAUAAAUAUCUAAAGUUGGGGGGGGGGGGGGGGGGUUGCACAAGCAAGAUUUAGAGUAUGGCAAAAAAUAAAAAUAAACAUUUUCACUAUACAGGCCUGUAAUGGACUAAUUCACCAACAUACAAAGUUUGACAAAAAUCAUCUUAACAGUUUGGUUAUGUUGAAACAUUUGUAAAUUUCUUAUUGCACAUCCAUUCAAGAUAUUUCACCAUAGGACCAAUUUUUUCUGUGUUCGACAGAGUUUAUUAUCAUUUCCACAUAUAUUUUUAGAAAUUAAUGUUCCAAAUUUAAUGUGUGGUGUUAAAUUUACAUUGUUAUUUUGUAUUAUUUCUAGCUUGUAAAUUUCAAUAAUUCCUGUCUUUCUUUUUUAUUUUGUGGAGGGUUUUUUUGAACAUUUAUUAAAGAUACUCUUUGAUAUUUAGUGCACAGAAAAUGUGACUAGGUUUAUUAACAUUUUUAUAUGGAAUUGUCCAAUUGUUGGUUUAAUGUCCUUUCAGUGGUUAAUGGGCAAUAGCUAAAGCCUUCCAAUGAAUUAGUUUUAUGAUUUUUGAACUGGUAAUUAUUAAACUAUGAGCCCCAUGGUAUAGGCCAAUGCUUAUUUAUUCAGUGCACCCACGAAUCAUGCUAGUUCAUUGUCAAGUAUAAGCUUUAUGUAUUUAAAACUACCUCAUAGGACUGAACUACUAGCCUACGUAGAACCAUUUGUGACUUAUUUAAAUAGGCAUCACCAGAAAUAACUGCUUGCACUACUUAUUUUACAACACUGCCCAUGUGUAAUAACAAAUUGUCGAAUAUAUUGAUUAAUUUUUUGUUGGAAUAAUUAAGUUUCUGAGUCCAUUUUUCCGUGAAUACAUUAUUAAUUAUGGCAGUAAUUGCUUAAUAUUUAAAUGGUCUUGAUCUUUUUUAAAACAGGUGUGGCAUUUAAUGGAAAGUAUCAGUAUACAUUCGGUAAUGUCUGGAAAAUUUAGCAUCACAGCCACUUAAAAUUAUACAUGUAAUUUAGACAUUUGUUAUUCAAAUAGUGUCCUCAAAUGACUUUUCAAAUGAUUUUUUUUAUUUGAAUAGGAUAUAUAUUUUUUUAAAUUUCACUAGCUUGAUCACCAACAUACUAUGCACAUGAAGGGCAGAUCCAGGAAUGGCUUCAAGGGUUAAACACAUUUUUGAGAUGGUUGUAAAGUUUAAAUGAUUAAUCCACCCACCUAUUCCUCGGUGAUCAACACUAGUAAAUAAUAAUUACAUUUAGAGAUGUCCAUUCAUUGGUGCCAGUUGUAGUUUUAGAUCCAGAAAUUAACAUUUGUUCUUCAAUUGAUGCACUGAAAUCAUUUAUAAUAAAAACAAGCAUUAAUGUGUGUUUAUAUAGCUUUCCAUUUUAAAAAAAAGAUUUUUUAUUUUGUUUACGUUUAUUGACUUGUUUGUGUAGAUAUAUGGAUGUUUUUUCAAUGUCGUUUGUAAUGUGAUUAUUAUUAAUUUUAUUGGUGUUAACAAGUAUUUUAUUUAUUUACAGUGCAAUAAUGGUAUUUUAUUUAUUUACAAUGCAAUUACAUACUACCCUGUCCAUAAGAAAAAAAACCCCACAGGCAUGGUUUAGCAUGUCCCGAGGUGUUAAAUGUUCCUGUCAUCCCUUUUUCAAAUGACUUCACCGAUGAAAGGUCAUCUGGAUGUAAAAUACUGCUGGGCUCACCCAGACCAUUGACAAAUUAACCAAUUAUUAAUUAAUAUACAAAAUAGCCAAUAAAAUUAUUUCUAAAUUAACCACAUUGGAAUAAUUUUCAAAGAAAAACUUUUCAUAUAUGAAAAUUGGCUAAACCAAAAUUUGUCCUGUGUGGAAUUGGGCCAUUGUCAAAUGUUACAAAGGUGUCGUAUCCAGUUACCAUCGGAUGGUGUUCAUCUACUGCCUUUUGUAAUUUUAUUUUAAUUAAUUUGGUAGAAUAUCAUUGCUUGUUCUUGUGUUGCAAAUCUGUUCUUAAUAAUAUCGCUAAACUUUUCAACUUAGGAGCAAUGUUUAUGACAAAAUUGUAGUAAAAUAAAUUGUUGCACAUCCCACGCCUUAAAUAAAUAAAAAUCACAUUACUGGUAUAGGAAGUUUUGUUUUUAAUUUAUUUUUCUCAGUUGCUCAGCUUGCUGUAUAAAUUUAUUGCAAUAAAGAUAAUAAUAUCAA